UGUCCUCAUUUCCUCUACACUUCAUAAAAACUUUGAAGUCAUCCUUAAUAUUUUACACUAUCGAUAUGUCAAAAUUAAAGUAUAUUAACAUCAAUCAAAAAUCCUCAAACUAGCACUGGUAAAAGCGACAACAAAAUUUUGAAAUGGAAAUUAUAUGAAUAUUUAUAAUGGUUUCUGAUAUGCCGGAACUGCCGUUCUUUCCCAAAUACGAAGUUGAAUAUUUUUACGAUAAUAGUCUGUGCAUUGUUUGGUUUGAGUCGAAUUUUUCGCAAGCAUACUACAAUGUCCAUAAAACCAAUAGAGGAAGCAAUGCUUGUACUUUAAUUGCAGUUCUUAUGGCCGCAAAGUGUCAUAAAUUUAAUCUUCUUGUACAUUACCCCUUUCACUGUUUGAACAUGAGCAUGAUUCAAUUAUUUGCAAUUAGCAUGUUAGAAGGGAACAAAAUUCAUGAAUCUUUGAAACUGAAAAACCAGUUAAAACAUAUAAAUCUUAAUGUACCAGAAGCGAUCAACUUUGGUGGAUCCGAUAUGGAUGGCAUCGUCGAAUGGAAAAGCGAAGUGUUUAUGCAGCCACUAGUGACAUCUCUAUAUGAAAAUAUAAAAACCAACUGGAGGCUCUGGCUCGGGUCUGAUAUCCAAAGAGAAAACUACACCCUUUACAUAAUACUAGUUGCCGAUUCUAGAACGGUGUUGUUUAUUUUGCAACUAAAAACAGAGUCGGUUGCCCUGAUUGAUUCUCAUCAGCACAGUGGUGAUAAAGGUGGAUGCAUGGCAAUUACGGAACUGGCGAAAAUGAAAUUUAUGUGCCACUGGUACAGCGACAUGCUGUAUAAAUUUUACCGUUCUACGCCGCAAAUUUACGAGCUGUCAUUUUUGUAUUUUUCAUCGCAUUUUAAAUAAAAUAAAAAUAUCUUAACGCAAU